AUGACUAAUACACUGAUAAUUGUAACAGGAAAAUAAAUACAUUCAGUUUCACAUAAAUAGGUUAUGCCUUAUGAAAAUAUAUGAAUACAUAUAUAUCAGAUGUCAAAUUGAUGUGUAGGAAAUUGAAGACGGAAAAUACACUGUUUUCUAUCAAAUACCUUUUUACCAUGUGUGUCGAUGGCAAAACGUUUAAGUUUAUUGCAUAAUAUUUUCUACUAAUAAAUAGUAAUGUAAGCCAUUAAAAUGAAUGGAAACCUAUUACCUGUGAUCAAAGUGAAGGUGGUAGUUGUUGGAGAUGCAGCGGUAGGGAAAACGUCACUGGCUGUGAGAUUUACAGACAAUUCAUUCAUUCAACAUUAUAAACAGACAGUUGGCGCGAGUUUUUGCAGUCGCGCUUUAGACUUUAAAGACAAAACUGUUGUGUUUAAUAUUUGGGAUACUGCUGGACAAGAAAGAUUCCGAAGUUUAGUUCCUAUGUAUCUUCGAGAUGCAGGAAUAGCAUUGGCUGUAUAUGAUAUAAGUAGUCAUAAAUCCUUUGAGAAUAUUGAGAGUUGGCUGUUACAGCUACAACAGUAUGGACCUAGGGAUUUGAAAUGUGCAUUAAUUGGAAAUAAAAUUGACUUAGACGACGACCUGAGGGAGGUUCCAACACAGGAAGGACAACUACUUGCAGAGGGCCACGGCUUGUAUUUUGAAGAGACAUCUGCCAAAUCAGGCGACGGGAUAGACAAAGUGUUUAAUGAUAUUGGUAAUGCAUUAGUUGAAAGAUGUAAGAAAGAGAAACGAUCAUCUACUGUGUCUAUAUGUGAUUCAUACGUCCACCGGAAGAAGAAGACAUGCUGCUGAUAUAAAAAGAAUUAAUUAUAUUGUCUAUUGUAAGGUUGUUUGUUUCUUUGAGAUGGAAUUACUGACCGCCUAAUGUUGUAUGAUGAAAUUUGUUUUGAGUUGCAUGUUGUGUGGUUCACUGCAUUUAUGUAUAGAAGAGUUAAAUUUAAGCAGGUGUUUUAGCUAUGUGCAAUAUUUGUAAAAUCAGAAAAUCAGGAAAUGUCGGUUUCUACCUUUAUUGGUAAUAUAUUCAUCUUUAUCUUUUGUAAUUAAAAAAAGAAAACAAAUGUUUGUCUCAUGUUAUGCAAUCAAACCUGUGUUUCCAAUAUUUACAUUCCAUGUGUUGAUAUAAUCGCAUCACACAAAUGUUAUCAACAGAGAUGUGUUAACAACGCAAAAUAUGUUCCAGCAUGGCAAUGAAGAACAACUGAACUUAUAAUGUAUUUCAGUCAACGAAUUAUAAAUGAUGUUGAUGAAUCUGUGCAUAAUGUACAGGCUAUGAUGGAUGUAUUUGUUUACUGUCAAACACAUUUGUUUUUAUAUUAUAACAUUAAAUGACUGUAGACUAUUGUACUAUUUAGUCAGUAUGCAAUUCAACAGGUACAUCGAAUUAAUUAGAAUAUUUACAUUGAAUUUUAAUUUAAAAGAAUUGUAUCAUUAUUUGUUAUAUGUUGUAUCCAACUCCAACCUUUAGACAUGGCCAGUAAUUUGUUUUUCAUCGAGAUGAGGAGAUGACUUUAUGACAUAAAUAGUAUGCCGUAAUUAAGAUUUAUCUUGUUUUUAUAUCUUUCAAACUGUACAGAUUUUAGCAUAUUGCUGCAUGUAACUUACAAGUUUUCUGAUAAUAUAACUUACAUGGUUCGCUAUUGAACCCAUACGAAUCCAUAGAGGGUCAGAUAAAUCCAUAGGGGCCGAAUCCACUAUGAAAUGUACUACCCCCUUACGGUCUUAUUUGGGGUCACCAAGUGACGGCGGUUUAUCACCCACAACGUAAUAAUUUAUCCGCGGUGCGAUAAGACAAAAUAUUUAUCAGUGUCAUAUUUUAAAACAAAACGAUCAACUUAAAGUUUAUUUCAGUUUUCUUAAAACACUAUAUAUAAACGCAUUUUCAAAGAUCUUGCAGUGAACACAACAGUUAAUGUAAAAAAAAAGGUUUAGGGAUAUUAGAAUAAAAGAAAAACAAAGAGAACACAAGGCAUAUUCAUAGAAAUUAUAAUUCACAAAUAAGAUAAUCUGAUUAAAUGAAUUAUAGGGUUCAUUAUACAUGUUAAAUGAGUAAACAUAAUAAAAAGUAAAUCUUUGCAAACAGAAUACUGUUGAUACCGAUAUUUAUCAUAUCAUUAAAACUGUUUGGAAAAUAAUAACAUACUUUAUUUCAUAUCACGGUUCCCGUGUGGUAUAGGCACCAUUUAUUGAGGGAAAUACACUAUUGAUUUGUAAUAAAAUUGAGUAUGGGACAUACUCAUUAUACCUA